AUGAGUCAAUUUUCAAAGAGUUUAUUAUCAAUUUUCUCCUCAGUUAGAGGUAAAUCAGAUCCAAUUGUUUUUUUUAGUGUUGGUAAUUUUAAUAGUAUGUCAAGUCGUAGCAGUAUCGCAAUUAAAGCUAUGAAUCACUUUGCAGCAAAUUUAGGUUUAAAAUGGGUCGAUUUCCCACAAAAUUGUUCAAAAAUUUCAUAUUCACCAGAAAAUCAUUUACUUUUAGUCAAAUGCGAUACUUAUAUAACUAAAGACAACUUUGAAGUUUUAAAGCGUUUAAUAACAUUAAUGCCAAAUAUAAAAACAGAUUCUUUUUGCGCAAUUCAUUAUGAACAUCUUUAUAAAUUAGGUAUUGUUGAAAGUGUUUUUGGUGGUAGAACAAGACAUAAUGAUGGUUUACUUGGUAUUACAUCAGUUUUUCAAACAGAGGAUUAUCAUCGUGUACCAAUUGGUAUUGCAAAUCCAAUUGAUGAUAUCUCAUUUAAAAUGACUCCAUACUCAAUAGAUAAUGUUUAUCAAGAUACAACCAAACCAUUUGUCGUUAAUAGAUUCCCAGAAGUUCAAUUAGAAAUGGUUGAUAAAGUUGUUGUUCCAUAUGCCAGUAAAGAAAUGUUUAACACUAUUUCAAUGAUCAAGAAACAUCUUGCUCAAAAAUCAGAAUCUGGAGACGAUUUAUCAAUGUUUAAAACACCUAGAAUUGAUUAUAGCAAUUUCGAAUCUCAUUAUAAUUUUUAA